UCAUAUGGCUAGCGUUACUGUACCUGGUUAAAGAAUAAAGAGAUGUAGCAGCUUGAGGACAGCGCUGUUCCUCACCAGGGGAAAUGUCCGGUGAAUGCACAGUCACCAUUUUAUGGAAUAUGAAAAUACAUGGAGUCAUUUGAGAGCCAUGCAUUUUCUCCCACAGUUGACAGGCAGGUAUUUUCCUACAGCCAGGCGUCGCCCUGGGGAAGCGGUUCAUUUCGCCCCGCCGCUGGCUGCUGCUGUAGCAUGGAUGCUAGUUAACUAGUGAACCACACGCAUGUUUAUCUUUAUCCGCACGAGCGCAUGAGCACACGGCGUGAGACUUUUUAUUUGUGUCUCUCAUGAAUGGCCGUUAUCUGCCCCACAGGACACAUGUCCCCCCUCCAGACACCGACUCUGAAGUGACCGUUACGUGUUAUCUGCCGCGUUCUGACGUUAACUCGUUAAAAGAAAACGCGGUGACUAAUGACGGACAUUUCUUUUGAAACUCGACAUUCGUUUGUUUCUUCUGAGGAGGAGGAGGAGGACGGUGGAACCUUCAUCCUUCAGGACUGCGAGGACGUCGCGGCUCGGUGCCCCCCGUCUGGUCCUGGUCCUGCAUUGUAACCCGUGUGUCUGUGAGAGGGCGUUUGGACCAGCAGUGGAUAUAUCAUGACAAGGCACGUGGUCUGCCAGCUGUACAACCAGAGGAGGACCCAGACAGGAGUAAUACACAACCUCAGGGGCACAAUGCAUUCAACGCAGGGCUUCCCAAGCGGUCUCACUCAGAGGACCCUUGAGUUCCUGAAGGGUCCAGAAGAUAGUGGAUGAGGCAAGAGACUUUAUCUGAGCUUCUUGUGGAUUACGGUUGGUACUGUCAUCUGAGACAGAGACACCUGUGAUCACACUACAUCAUUGUGCUAAAAUCUAGUCUGGAAUAAUCUUCCUCACUGGACACAGACCGCCUUGGAGACCCUGGACCCCGGUGUUCAAGUUCUCCUCUCGGAGUGCUUGGAGAAUAACUACUUUUAUCAAAACUGUUCCUGUUUUCUGUAAUCCCACAAAGAGGAAUGACCAUGCAUUGAAGACUGAACUGGAAGCCUUAGCAAGAGUCACGUUUACACAGUCAGCCAUGCCUCUCAGAAAAAAAGACACAGCUCGAGCCCUGGGGCUUUUGGAGGAGUUCUGCACUAAACUGAGGAAGCCAGAGGAGCAGCAGCUCAAAACUGCCAUUUUGAGAGUAAUGGGGAUUUUCCAAAGCAACCUGUUUGAAGCUCUUCUUGAUAUCCAGGAGUUCUAUGAAGUGACGCUGCUAAACACACAGAAGAGCUGUGAGCAAAAGCUGGAGGAGGUCAACCACAUGGCGGACAAGUGGGAGAAGAGUGUUUCUUUACAAAACUCUGAGCUCGCCUGUCCAGUGGAGGAGCAGGGAGAGCAGAGCAGCUCAGAACCCAGCGGGAUGGAGAAGAGAGAGAUCGGUGCCAAGGCGUCUGAGAACAGACCAUCAGCAGUACAGGGGCCGCCCCACAACAGCCAGCCCCUACCCUGCAUGAACCCUGCCUUGAUGAACGCUCCUUGGCAGUACCACUACCAAGAAGACGACUCUCCGUCUCUUGACCAGGGAUUCCUGCGGCUCACCAACGAGGUGCGCGCCCCUGAGCUUGUGCACGUGUCCGAGAAGAACCUGUCUGAGAUCGAGAAUGUGCACGGCUACGUGUCCCAUUCCCACAUCUCUCCUCUCAAGCCUGCACUGGUUACCCGUUUUGAUCUUGCGUACCCCGGUGUGACCACAGCAAACUACAUGGCAAGUUUUAUUUAAUUUAAUUUUUAUUUGACCUCUGGGGAAUCUUAAUCCUCUAUAUUCUUUGGUACAAUUUAAAACGUGUUCCUUAUGUGCCCAGAUGAUUGAUGCACCCUCAGUGCUGCAUGGAUUUUGUUUUGGUGUUGUCUUCAAUCCAUCCUUUUGUAGGUAGCUGCUCUUUUUUCAUACCCAUACACAGGGCUCCAGACUAACACUUUUCACCAACGUCACAACGUUUUUUGUAAGUGAAUGCAAACUGUGCCGCAUCAAAUUGUUUCCUUACUUUGUUAUUAUUUGGUCAAAAUGUCACAUUA